AUGGGGCCGCUCGUGCCGCCGCCGCCGCUGCCGCUACUGCUGCUGUGGGCGCUGCUGAGCGCGGCCGGGGAGCUCACGCUGCAGCCGCCGCCCGCCGUGACGAACGGGAGCGCGGCCGGGCCGCCGCACAACAGCACUCGGUCCGUGGGAGCGCUCGACCCGCCCGCAGCCUGGGUGUGGCGUUCUUUCUCCGUGCUUACGGGCUUCACGGUCCUGGCCGCGCUCUACUUCCUCAUCCGGGCUUUCAGGCUGAAGAAGCCACAGCGGCGGAGGUAUGGCCUCCUGGAGAACACUGAGAUGGCCUCACUGGACAGCGACGAGGAGACUCUCUUUGAGACCCAGAAUCUGAGAUGAAGCUGAGAUCCAGGAGGCAACUUUGGCAGCAGCGCCCCGGAUGGAACAAGUGCUGGCCAGGACUGCAGACACUGGCAGGAUGUGGAAAUCCGGUUGAAGCAGCUAUUGUCACUGUCACCUGAUAGCACUGCCCCCAAACAUCGCAGGGGAAGCCAGGGGAACCCCCUGACUGAUUACCUCGGUUUAGCUGAGUGGCAUGUCUGGGACUACCUUUCAUGGAGCUGGGGAUAAUAAAAGCAAAUGGGGUUCUGAACCCUGCCCCC